UAGUUGACUGUCAUAAGCAGGAGUUCACAUGACUAUGUUUUGAAAGAAACAGACUUACAGAUAUCAUAAGAUACCCAAUGCUGUAUGUUGCUAUCAGAACGGUUAAUUAGAUUUCGCUGCUUGCAACACUGCUAUUUUAAGAGAAUACGUCUGCGCUGAAGCCAAGAUAUCUCUAUUGCUUCAUAUAGUGUUUAACCAGUCUACUAGUACAAGAACACACAACGUGUCGGGAUGUCAUCUGAAGUUACUGUGGGUUUCGACAGAGGCUAUGUUAAGUCUAUGAGAGGCAUUUUAAAAGUGUCAGAAUGUGUUCUAGACAUGGUGGGUUUCAUUUGUGCCAGUGUCUGGAUCUACUGGACGCACGCAGGUGGGGCCUGGGUACAGUUUGUGACCAUCUCUGCGUUCAUCACCACCCUGAUACUGUAUAUACUGCAUCUGUUUAGGAUCAUCUACAAGCUGCCUGGACCAUGGGGGCUCAUUCAACUGAUUUACUAUGGAAUCUACAGUCUCCUGAUGCUGAUUGCAGCCAUAGUGUGUGCAGUUCGGGCUGUGCAUCAUUCCUCCAUAGUUGCUGCUGCAAUUUUCACAUUUCUGGCAACGGCUGUGUAUGUCGUGGACACAUUCCUGCUGUUCAGAGAUUGGCAGUCGGGCUCCUCGACAACCACAACUAUGACUGAGACCCGCACCACCACAACCACUGAGACCUAUGAUGAAAAGAAAACCACUUACUAAACCAGUCUUGGUUUGAUAGUUAACCAGUCAGGUGUUAAAAAUAACCAGUCCAGUUUUUGCAAUGUACUUAUAACUUUUAAUCUGCUGUUGAUCUUUAUCAGUUGAGUUUUUAUAGUAAAUAGUUAUACAAAUAUAGAAUAUGAAUGGAUGUGGGGUUAAUUGAUAUGUAAAAAAUUGCCUUAGUAAAACAGGUGAAGUCAUCUGGUUUGCUUUACCAUUUAAAGUCCCUUUGUUAGUAAAAUUAAAAACUUAAGCAUCUUAGUUCUUUAGAUAAAUAUGAUAUAUUGAAGGUCUUUUAGAGUUAAAAAACAUAAUAUGUUAAGGUCUUCCAGUCUUGGCUAUUAAAUGUUAUUAUAACAUUAAUACUAUGCUUAUUUUAUCUAACAUUAGUUUUAAAAUAGUUUUUUUAUUUUAGAGAAAUGGCAUGCAUCUAUCGUUACUAUAAUAUAGUAUAAAUUAAAUUAAAUGCCUUUUGGCAAUUAUUUUUUAUUAAAAAUUUCACAUAUUUUAACACAAAUUGUAUUGUAAUGAAUAUGGGAUAAAGUAAUUUAGGGUUAAUUUCGUCUAAAUAAAGCUUUGAUUAUCAGCUUUGUGUUAAACUAGCAUUUGUAAACCUGUAACCCACUGCUUUGUUACCUUUCUAUUAUAUAUAAGGACUUAAUGUGGUAACCUUGUUUAAACGUAAAAACGCAUUAACGUUAAAUAUCAGUUUGAAUAUGUCAGAUUUGUUAUCUUCUGACCAGUCAAGUUAACUAUAUUGCUUCCCAGUUUAAAUAUGCAGUACCUGCAUACCAAAGCUGCUAUAGAUAGUUACAAGUAAAGUAUCACUCAUUUGUAUGAGAUUUCAUUUAUUGUGCCAAAGACCAGAUAAGAUUAAGACUCGGCAAAAGAUUCAUUUUAAUGAAGAAUCCCUAUUAAAUAUGUUUUCAUCAUUUUAAACAUACUCAUACAUAACUGCUUAAAGAAAUGAUGCAUAGUUAAAUGUUCAUGAUUCUGGAAACAUUUGUUUUUUUAAACUCUGUUUUCAUUUGAGGAUGGCAAUGAAGAGUUGAGCUCUAUAAUAUGACAGGCAUCAUCCAAAAAACUGCCAUCCUUGCAGUAUUGCCUUGAGCUACCCUGUCUGCUCAUGAGACUACAAAAUCUUGCAUGGAUAUACAGCGGCCAGUGUAGCUUCAGACCAGACUGCUUGAUUGCAUAGGCUGGACUGGAGCUACACUGGCCGCUUAAAUAGUUUAACCGUGAAUAGGUUAGUUGCGGUUAACAAGAUAAGUCUUUAAAUAUUAUUUAAAUAUGAAAAAAGUUAAUGGCUUAAAGUUUUGUUUUUUCUAACAUUAAAAAUUAUGAUGUCUUAAGCAAUACUUGUAUCAUUUGAAUGUUGAAGCAGACUAUUUGCUUUUUGCAUGGAUAUAUUAUAUCCUCGGUUUAUUUUUUAUGCUCCCCGAAAUAAAUUUCGGCGGAGCAUAUAGUUGCCAGUUUGUCCUUCCUUACUUACUUACUUCCUUCCUUACUUCCGUCACACUUUUGCUACCGUUUCUCAUAGCGCCUUCAAUACUUAACCAAUUGCUUUCAUAUUUGGCAUGAAGGAACCUUGCAUGGACCUCUACCUUUUGAUGAGGUUUGAGGUCACUGGGGUCAAGGUCAAGGUCACAGAGGCUAAUAAUAGACUUCCUUCCGUCACACUUUUGCUACUGUUUCUCAUAGUGCCUUCAAUACUUCACCAAUCGCUUUCAUAUUUGGCAUGUAGGUUCCUUGCAUGGACCUCUACCUUUUGAUGAGGUUUGAGGUCAGUGGGGUCAAGGUCACAGAGGCUAAUAAUAGACUUCCUUCCGUCACACUUGCUACCGUUUCUCAUAGCGCCUUCAAUACUUUACCAAUCGAUUUCAUAUUGGGCAUGUAGGUACCUUGCAUGGACCUCUACCUUUUGAUUAGGUUUGAGGUCACUCGGGUCAAGGUCAAGGUCACUGAGGCUAAUAAUAGACUUCGUUCCGUCACACUUUUGCUACCGUUUUUCAUAGCGCCUUCAAUACUUUACCAAUCGCUUUCAUAUUUGGCAUGUAGGUACCUUGCAUAGACCUCUACCUUUUGAUUAGGUUUGAGGUCACUGGGGUCAAGGUCAAGGUCACCGAGGCUAAUAAUAGACUUCGUUCCGUCACACUUUUGCUACUGUUUCUCAUAGCGCCUUCAAUACUUUACCAAUCGCUUUCAUAUUUGGCAUGUAGGUACCUUGCAUGGACCUCUACCUUUUGAUGAGGUUUGAGGUCACUGGCUCAAGGUCACCGAGGCUAAUAAUAGAUUUUUUAGGUGUUUAUUAACACAUACAUUGACAAAGCGCAUUAUCAGGGAGCAUCCAUCAGUUUCACUGAUAUUCUUGUUUAAAUAAAUAUUUCUUUUUAGAUCUGAAUUGUAAUUUAUCUGGUUUAUACUUAUGUUCAUAUGUGCAAGUUUGUAAGUUUGAAUUGCUAGUUUGAUUUUCUUUAUGUUUUUAUUAAUACAGCUUAUUGACUUUUAUAAUUUAUUCAUUAUAAUAAGUUAUUUUAUUUGUUUUGUUUAUAUUAUUUUUUGGAAUCUUUGAUCUGCAAUUCUGCCGGUAAGAGAGCAGACACCUUAAGAGUAUGUGGUCUUUUUCUUCUUUAUUUACAUUCUGAUGGUUAAGAUAUACAGGUACAAUGUUUUUUCAUUUUGCUGAUAUAAAUUGUUAAGGUAAUAGAGUUUAAACAUAUAGUGAUUUACUGGAUCUCUUUUUUGAAAGUAUUUAAGAUUUUAAAAAGGAAUGGUUUGACUUUAUUGAAGUAAGAUCAUGUGCAACUUAUAUUUUAAGUUGAAUCUCAAUGUAAGCCCCCCCCCCACAUGUUUUUUACAUUUCAGUGUGAAGUAACAAAAGAUUUUGUUAUAUGGACAAACAAAAUUGUUGACAAAAGAUGCAAUAUUACCAGAUUACCAGAAUCACUUUAUAACAGAAUCAUAAUGUGGGUUAAUAAAAGUCAAUAAGAUUUUAUUUUAUUUUGUUAAUUAUUUGUUAAAUUGUGUUCCUGAUACAAAUUUAAAACAUGUGCCAUUAAUGUACACAAGAUUGACUGUAUAAUGUUGCGGUUAUUAUCCAAUACUAUCUGUCCCCAUUUUGCUCUUGCCUUUCUGCUCUGUAUUGUCUAAAAUGCCUGUGUCAAGUAAACACAUGCCUCUUUUCUUUCAAGUUAACACGUUUACUCCACAUCAAAGGUUAUAAUAAAUUAUACCAUAAGUUCUUACCAUUUUCAAUUCAAGUCCAGUUUGUUUGUAGCCCAAUACUAUGUUUUGUUCUAGUCACAAAAAAUUUCUUUUGAAUUUAGUAUAAUGUUUGUGUUUUCAAAUUUUCAAAAUAGAUUUAUCAUUGUUUUCAAGAGUACAUUUUAGUGUUGCUGCAAACCAAUUGUAUUCAUUAAAAGUUAGCUUGUGGGUAUGUUGGUUUUUAUGUUCACUAGCAACAACUCGUUUAACAGCUAUACAUGUUCACAAAGUUUUGGGUACAAGUAAUAAUUAAAAUACUUUUAAGCUCAACAUUUAAUUGAAAAAAUUGAAUAGGUCACAGUCUGAUUCACUGGAUUUGGUGCCAGUGGGGUCAUUGUUACUAAAAAAAGUUUCUACAUGUACUUGAUAACUUAUAUUUAGAUGGAGUUGUUUUCUUAUUGUAGGUAGCUUACAUGCAAAUGUAUGUUUGGAUUGCUUUUGGAGCAAGUGGGAUAAAGAUCACUGUGACUAAAAAUAGAAAUAUAGUUUCCACUCAAUACCUUGAAAUUGAAUGGAGGUAUUGUGCUGUAGAUUUGUUAGUCAGUCACAGCUUAUAUGCAAACCAAGGUUGGGAUGGCAUUCAAGGCCAGUUGGGUCAAGGUCACUGUUACUUAACCCUUUGCAUACUGGGAAAUUUGUCUUCUGCUAAAAUGCUGUCUGCUGAAUUUCUAAAAUUAGCAUUUUCUUAAAAGAAAAUUUCCAAAGAAUACUAUAAGAAUAGCAAAUAGUUUGGAUCCUGAUGAGACACCACGUUCUGUGGCGUCUCAUCUGGAUCCAAACUGUUUGCAAAGGCCUUCAAAAUUCCGUUCCAGCACUGACAGAGUCAAUCUAGAAGGGUAAUAUGCUGCAAUCUUCUUUGUAGGAAGCCAAUAUGCAAACCUUGGCUUGCUUGCAUAGUUCAUUAAAUAAAUUUGUAUACAUUCAAAAAUCUAAUUGUUUUGCAUGUUCACAUAUUGUUUUAAUUUUAAAUUAAAAAACACAAAACUUUUAUUACUUACAGGUAUUUAACUUCAAUUAUGUCUUUGUAGUCAUUACAUUUGACAAGUGAUAGAAAGUAUGCAUAUCAAAGGGGAAGUAAAGGCGAAGUAUGCAUAUCAAAGCGGUAGUACAGGCGAGGGCCCUUUCUUGUGACAGCUCUGGGUUAUUAUAUGGUCAUAAAUCACUGAAGGUUGAAAGACUCAAGCUUUCAAUAGAAAUUAUUUCCAAAUGCACUGAUUUCAGAGGAUACCGAUUACCUAUUAAAGCUUUGUGUAUCUAAAUAGUUUUUACCAUGCACAUUUGACUGCUUGAUAUGGAUUACAAACCUCUCAAUUUUACUUGCAUUAUGUGACCCAGCCAAGUGUGGGGGUAUGUUCUUCACUUUUGUGACAGUUCUUGUUUUUAUCGAGUAGUUGCUUUUACUUUGCCUGGCUUGAAAAUAAUACACACGAGUGUAUGUGGAAGUUCAAAGUACUAUUUCAGCUAAUAAUUAAAGUGAAUGUAAAUGUUGUAUUGUGUCUCAAGCUGUUGUAUCAGUAUAACAAUGUAAAUGUAUAGUGUCAAAGUACACAAAAUGCUUAUUUGUAUUCAUAUGUAUAGGCUUUUCCUAGCAGAAUAUCCAAAAUAUAAUAUAUUAUACUCUUCUUCAUCAAGUGAAAAUAUUUAAAUUCCAUUUAAUACCCUAAUAUUUCAGCAAUAGAUUUUCAGCCGAUUAAUGAACCAGUAUCCAUUACUUUUGUGUCUACAGAUGUAUUUGAAGAGAGGAACAAAUCAUGUACAAUGCUCAAGUAUUAAUUGAGAGUUUAACAUGCAGCAUGUCUUUUCCCAUGCUGGACUGGACAUUCCAAACAAUCAUUUAAUUUUGCCAAUAGAGAUACUAGCAACACCAUCCUCACUAACAUGUUUGGCAAAACUCAGUAAACCUGCAUUCAUUUAUAAGCUCAACAACAAAGUGUUUACACUUCUCUUAAAAUAUAUUUUAAAUAAUUUUUAUUUAUAACUUUCUGUUUGGCUUUACUAUUCUUUGCAUUUGUAACCACAUAUCUAUCCAUCCAAACAAGUGAAAAACCAAGUGUAGUUUUUUUCCGUAUAAAAUUUGACUUUUUAUUCCCCUUUUCGAGGAUGCAUUUACUUAUUUUCCUCAUUAAUAAUAAUGCUGGUCAGUUUUCAUUGAAGUAUCGUGUGAAGAGUUAACUUUAGAAAUGCUUGUUUUGCAGGUUUCAUUGUGGAUAUCAUAUAUGGUUUUAUGUUUGUUUUGUUCAUUUACCGGCAAUAUGCCAGUGUUUGAACAUUUAUUUAUUACCAUUACCUUAUGCUUUUCUCCACCAUAUGUAUAUAUUGCUUCUAUAAAAUAUUUACAUAAUAGUUUUCUUGGGUGUAUUGUUUUGUAUUCUGAAAUUAUAUAGUCUUAAAAUUCUAAUAAAUGUGUUGUAGAACAUU